ACUUAUCGUUACCGUCACUCCUCUAGUAUUGCUGUACACCACCAAAAGACAUGGAUCAGAGCCUGAAUUCCUUUCCCUCGCGUGCUCCUCUUCUUCACAGACUUAGACCUGCACGUCGCACAGCCUUCAACCGCAUGUUUGCGGCAGUUUACUUCUGUGCCAUCUUAGUGCUGCUUUAUCUCCAUGCACUGAAGCUCAUCCACUCCACCACCUUCACAUCCUUCAUCAUCUCCCUCUCAUUCCUCGUCUCCGAUACUUUUCUUGCUUUCUUGUGGAUCACUCGUCAGUGUUUCCUCAUGACCAUUGUUUAUCGUGAUGAAUAUCCUGAAAAUCUCCAUGAGGCACUACUCUUGAAGAAAUCUUCUUCGGACUUUCCAGCGUUGGACGUCUUUGUAUGCACUGCCGAUCCAUACAAGGAGCCACCGAUGAGACUAGUGAGCACGGUCUUGUCCAUCAUGGCUUAUGAUUAUCCGACGGAGAAUAUUUCAAUUUAUGUAUCGGAUGAUGGGGGAUCGCAGGUAACACUCUUUGCUUGCAUGGAAGCUGCUAAAUUUGCAUGUUACUGGUUACCAUUCUGCAGGAAGAAUAAUAUAAUAAAAAGAAGUCCAGAAGCAUAUUUUGCAACAAAUUACUCUUCAUGUUCCUCUCAUACAAAGGAGAUUCAGAAAAUAUACGAAAGCAUGGAAGAAAGGAUAGAGAACGUCCUUGAGACUGGGAAAGUUGGUGGAGAGAAUAUAACUGAAGAGUUAGAGCGCAGGGCUUUCAGCAACUGGACAGAUCAUGGAUUCAUCCGUCAACAUCAUCCCACUGUCAUUCAAGUCUUAUUAGAGAGUGGCAAAAACAAAGACGUGACCAACCAUUUGAUGCCAAACCUCAUCUAUGUCUCUAGGGAAAAGAGCAGGACUUCAACCCACAAUUUCAAGGCCGGUGCCCUCAACGUUUUGCUUCGAGUGUCAGCCACCAUGACCAACGCACCCAUAAUUCUCAACUUGGAUUGUGACAUGUAUUCUAAUGACCCACGGACACCUCUUCGUGCAUUGUGUUACCUAUUAGACCCUAAACUCAUGUCCCAAUUAGCAUAUGUUCAAUUCCCUCAAAUCUUUCAUGGAAUCAACAAGAACGAUACUUAUGGUUGUGAAUAUAAACGAGUAUUCUUUUCUAAUCCCUUGGGAUUGGAUGGAAUGUUGGGCCCUAAUUAUGUCGGAACCGGAUGUUUCUUCAACCGGCGAGCUUUCUUUGGUGGCCCGUCAACCAUUGUGCCCCUGGAGAUCCCCGAACUUGGCCCCGACAGUGUUGUUGACAAGUCCAUGCAAAUCCAAUCCCAAUCGGUUUUGGAAUUGGCACAUAAGGUUGCUGGGUGUAACUAUGAGUACAAGACCAAAUGGGGUUAUGAGGUAGGCUUCAGAUAUGGAUCACUGAUAGAGGACUUCUUCACGGGGUUUCGGCUACAAUGCGAGGGAUGGAGGUCCGUAUUUUGCAACCCUAAGAGGCCAGCCUUUUUGGGUGAUGCACCAAUCAACCUCAUUGAUGCCCUAAACCAAGUCCAGCGGUGGAACAUCGGCGCUCUCCAGGCUUAUUUCUCUAGUUUCAGUCCCUUAACCUUCGGUACUAGAUCUUUGGGCCCUUUUAUGGGACUAGCCUACACUCAUUAUUGUUUAUGGCCCACCUGGUUUAUUCCUCUCACCCUCUAUGCGUUCCUCCCCCAACUAUCCCUUCUCCAUGGAGUUUCUGUAUUUCCAAAGUUAUCAGAGCCAAGUUUUAUCUUGUAUGUGUUUCUUGUCCUUGGAGCUUAUGGACAAGAUCUCAUUGAAUUUUUGAUAGAGGAAGGAACAAUUCAAAAGUGGUGGAAUGAUCAGAGAAUGUGGAUGAUAAGGGGGCUCUCAGCCUUUGGGUAUGGAUGCCUCGUGUUCUUCCUCAAAUGUUUAGGCAUUUCCACAUAUGGUUUUGGUUUGACUAGCAAAGUGAUUGAUGAUGAACAAAGCAAAAGAUAUGGACAAGGUAUGUUCGAGUUUGGAGCCUCAUCAAACAUAUUUGUGCCUCUAAUAACGGCAGCUAUUAUCAAUUUGGUAUCAUUUCUUAUGGGGCUUGUGCAAGUUCUAAGAGGCAGGAAAAUGGAGGGUCUGUUUUUGCAGAUGUUCUUAGCAGGUUUUGUGGUGCUGAAUGCCUUGCCAAUUUACGAAGCCAUGGUCUUGAGGAAUGAUAAAGGAAGAAUACCAUUCAAAACUACUGCAACUUCAACAUGUCUAGCUUUAGCUCUUUAUGGGCUUGUUUCUCUUCCUCUUAGAAAUCGAAAUUAGCAGAUUUGCUUUUUCCUGUCUAUAUUAUUCUUUCUCUCAUAUAUGAGUGGAAUACUGUAAUUUAUCUGUAACCUUUGGCAAAUUAUAUAGGCCAACAUUUGUGCUAUGUGGUAGUGAGAGCUGAAAAUAAGCAGAAGUUGAAUGUCUUGUAAAAAAGCAAAUGAGAUUUAGAGCUCC